GCGUUGGGCCCCGCCAUGGCGGGCCGCGGCUGCGCUGCCCGCUGGGCGGCCUGCGGCCUGUCUCUGCAGGACGAGGCCGCCGCCGCCCUGCUGCGCUACGGCCCCCCGGUCGGAGCGGCGGCGGCGUCCCGCGCCGCGCCGGCCGCGGUGGCGGGCGGCGCCGCGAGGGGCGGAGGCGAGUGUGUCGCUUGCUGCGUGCUGUACCUCCACGGCUUCCCCGACCAGAGCCUGGACCACCGCCAAGAGCUGGCCAGCCACGGCGCCCUGAGGGGGCAGCUGCCGCGGCAGCUGCGGGCGGCGGUGCUGGAAGAGGUGGAGGGGAGCGCCUUCUGCGCGUUCAACUUCUCGGAGGAGGGCAGCGUCGCGGGCACGCCGGGCUCCGACGGCGGCUGCCCCUUCGCUGCGAAGACGGUGAGCCGGGAGGUGGCCGAUGCCAGAGCCGUCAUCGGAUAUUUGCGCGAAUUCGUGGCACCAGCGCCUGCUCCGAUCCAUGUGGUGGGCAUAUCCACUGGAGCCAUCAUCGCGUCCCUGCUGCGAGGCUGCGAUGAGCACAUGACGGUCACGGCGAUCGCUGGCCUCGUGGAUGUCGUCUCUGGGCUGCGCUACGACUUCGAUGCCGAACAGCUCACAGCUUUCGACAGGGACGGCUGCUGCUGGAAGGAGUUCUGGCUGCCCCCCGGGUCGCCGUCCAACCCGCCAGCCGGCUGGGGUGGGCACGAUGACAUCGCUCUCAGUGGCGCCACAGAGGAGGCGAGGUGGCAGAAGACCGCGCUCCGCCUGAGCGCGCGCUACCGCGAGGACUUCCUGGGCCUCGACGUCGCUGGCGCGGUGCGACGAGGGCGAUCGCCCUUGUUGGUGGUCCACGGCGACAAGGACAAGAGCGUGCCGCUGGCGAGCGGCGAGGCGCUGUUCACCGCGGCCGCCGAGCCGAAGGAGCUCGUCGUCAUCAGAGGUGGCGACCAUCUCUUGCGGAGCACCAAACACUUGAGAAGAGCCUCUACUAUCGCUGCCAUCCUGGAGCUCAUCCGGUCCACGCCGGCCUCGUGA